UGUGAGUCAUUUACUUGAGCUGAGGUCGAGUUGAGACACAUUCAGUUGAGCAGUAGUCUUCUUUGCGGUGGUUUCCAUUGAUACUAAUAUCAGAUAAAGAAUAAUAACAAGACAUCAUAGAAAGAGAAUACCAGACUAGUAAUGGCUGCAGUUUCCUUGUCCAGAUCUCAGAGAGUGUUCAGGAACUUGUCUCUGAUUCUAUUGAGUGGAUCAGUCUCUCUGCUCCUGUGGAUGGCUCUCAGACAUCCGCUGGGCUCAGACAGGGGUCCUCUCCCCGCUACAGACCUCCUCCCCUCGGACUACGCUGCCGACCUGCAGGCCUGCUCAGCCAUAAUCCGAGGAGACAUGGAGGGUCUGGAGAGGGAGCAGCUCAGCCUCCUGCUGAAGACCAAGAAGAAGCAGCAGCUGCUUUCAGAGGAGUUCUACCACAACGUAACUCAGGACUGUCAGAGGUACGUUGCAGACAGAGGGUUCAUCACUGUUCCUCUGAGCCAGGAGGAAAAGGAGUUCCCCAUCGCCUACUCCAUGGUCAUCCACGAGAAGAUUGAGAUGUUUGAGAGGCUCCUGCGUGCUUUGUACACUCCUCAGAACGUCUACUGCGUCCACAUCGACCAGAAAUCAUCCGAGGACUUCAGGAGUGCAGUGAGAGCUAUCGUGUCCUGCCUACCCAAUGUGUUUGUGGCCAGUAAGAUAGAGAGCGUCAUCUAUGCCUCCUGGUCCAGAGUGCAGGCUGACCUGAACUGCAUGGAGGACCUGCUAAAGUCACCUGUCCAGUGGAGGUACCUUCUCAACACCUGUGGAACCGACUUCCCCAUUAAGACCAAUGCUGAGAUGGUUCAGGCCCUCAAACUGCUGAACGGGAAAAACAGCAUGGAGUCAGAGGUCACCAACGGCUACAAGAAGGGCAGAUGGCAGUUCCACCACAACGUCACCAACACCGUGGUCAGGACAGCGGUUAAGAAGACCCCUCCACCAAUCAACACCCCUAUGUUCUCUGGCAACGCCUACUUCGUGGUAUCCAGGGCCUUCGUCCGUCACGUGAUGAAGAGUCAGGAGGUCCGGGUUCUGCUGGAGUGGGAGAAGGACACCUAUAGCCCUGAUGAACACCUGUGGGCCACUCUGCAGCGCAUGCCCGCUGUCCCAGGCUCCAACCCCCCCAACAGUAAGUACCAGCAGUCUGAUAUGAACUCCAUGGCCAGGGUAGUGAGGUGGAGCUACCUGGCUGGGGACGUGAGGAGUGGAGCCCCCUACCCCCACUGCUCCGGGACCUACAGGAGAGCUGUGUGUGUCUAUGGAGCUGGAGACCUGCAGUGGCUCCUAAACCAACACCACCUUAUCGCUAACAAGUUUGACCCUGAGGUGGAUGAUGUGGCGAUCAGGUGUCUGGAGUCGUACCUGCGCUUUAAAGCAACGUACAGUGUAUCAGUAAGGACAGUGGAAUCUGGGAAUAUCUUACAAAAACUAUGAAGGUAGUAAAUACAAUCGUGUAGCUGUUUUUACCCCUUGAACUCUAUUCUCAAACAGAGAGAGCGUGUUUUAUUUCUGAUUAUACUGUAUAUUUCUGAUGUUAAUGUAAGAGGGUUGUAAAUAAAAUGUAGUUUUUCUUAGAUGUUGGGGUUGCACUGUAUCGUUGUGAUUGCCAUGAAUAUUCCAGACAUACACCCUCCUGUAGUCUUGAAUUAGUACUGCAUCUAGUCCAAUGGCUAGUUUCACUGAACACAUCAGUUCUGUAACAGUUAUAACCAUCGUUAUUACAGUUCUACAUGUAGUCAACAAUGCCAGGCUAUAAAGUUUUAUAACAUUAUAUAUACAUACUUGGUGUAUGAGGGAACGACAAAACCUAUGUGUAUAUAUGACUAGUGUGCCUGGAGUCUUUCAUGAUUUUUAGGGCCUUCCUCUGCACCACUACCUGCUAUGACAACUGCUCGGCCUCCUACAGAGGGUAGUGCGUACGGCCCAGUACAUCACUGGGGCCAAGCUUCCUGCCAUCCAGGACAUCUAUACCAGGUGGUGUCAGAGGAAGACCAUAAAAAUUGUCAAAGACUCCAGCCACCCCAGGCAGACUGUUCUCUGUGCUACCGCACGGCAAGCGGUACCGGAGCACCAAGUCUAGGUUCAAGAGGCUACUAAACAGCUUCUACCCCCAAGCCAUUAGACUGCUGAACAGCUUCUACCUCCAAGCCAUAAGACUGCUGAACAGCUUCUACCUCCAAGCCAUACGACUGCUGAACAGCUUCUACCCCCAAGCCAUCAGACUGCUGAACAGCUUCUACCCCCAAGCCAUCAGACUGCUGAACAGCUUCUACCCCCAAGCCAUAAGACUGCUGAACAGCUUCUACCCCCAAGCCAUAAGACUGCUGAACAGCUUCUACCCCCAAGCCAUAUAACUGCUGAACAUCUAAUCAAAUGGCUACCCAGACUAUUUGCAUCCCCCCCAUUUACACUGCUGCUACUCUGUUAUUAUCUAUGCAUAGUCACUUUAAUAACUCCUAAUACCUACAUAUUACAUCAAUUACCUUGACUAACCGGUGCUCCCUGUCUAUCGCCUCCACAUUGUUACGUCACUGCUGCUCUUUCAUUAUCUGUUACUUUUAUUUAGUUAUAUUUUUCUUAAAACGGCAUUAUUGGUUAGCGCCUGUAAGUAAGCAUUUCACUGUAAGGUCUACACAUGUUGUAUUCGGUGCAUGCGACAAAUAAAAGCUGAUUUAUGUAUUUUAUAAAAACAUGCACAUAUAUACACAUACACUGAACUAUAAUUCAUAUAAAACCAACAUGCAACAAUUUCAAUUAUUUUAAUGUACAGUUCAUAGAAGAAA